ACUAAAUUUUAAAGAAAUCUAAUAAUCUCUCUAUCUAUCUAUCUCUCUCUUUUUAAUAAAAAACAAAGUUAAAGGAAAUGGAAUAUUCAUACAUAUUUUCAACUGCUUUAAUUGUUGCUUUAAUUACCAUCUUUGUAUAUGUAAUUAAAAUAUAUCUAGAAUUUAAAGAUUCUCAGAUUAGUAAAAUAGUUCCAAGUAAUAAGUUUGGUAAAUAUGAUUUAUCAGGAAAAGUAAUAAUCCUUACUGGAGCAACCGAUGGGAUUGGAAAAGAAAUGGCAAGAUUCCUUUCAUCUUUCAAUCCAAAACGAUUAAUAAUUCCAGCUCGUAAUAAACAAAAAGGAACAAAUUUAUUAAAUUACAUAAAAAAGCAAAAUGGAAGUUCUGAUAAUGUUGAAAUCUGGGAUACAGAUUUAGCUGAUUUACAAAGUGUGGUUAAUUUUACUGAUAAAUUUAUUAGAGAAGUAGGAGAAUUACAUAUGUUAUUUAACAAUGCUGGUACAUUGAUUUUGAGUAAUGAUACAAGAACAAAAGAUAAUUUAGAAACACAUUUUCAGGUUAACCAUUUAGCUCCAUUCCUGCUUACGAUAAAAUUAUUGGAUACAUUAAAAAAAUCUGCCACGCCAGAUUCUCCUUCAAAAAUCUCAUUUACAUCAUCGGUGUCAAAUCAUUAUAAUAACUUAAAUAUGGAUGAUUUAUUACUUAUAAAAACUAAGGAAUUAUUUAAUAAUUAUUCCUAUACAAAAAUAAUGAAUAUUAUGAUUAGUAAUGAAAUAGCUCAUCGUUAUCUAAAUUCAAAUAUAACAUCAAGUUCAGCUCAUCCAGGUUUAAUGAACACACAAUUGUUAAAAUCUAAUGAUUUGACUGGAGAUUUAAUAGUUCGAUUUGUGAAAUAUCAUACUGAAUCUUGGGAACAAGGUGCAGUUAAUAUAUUGUAUCCUGUUCUUUGUUCUAAUAUAAAUGAUAAUGGUAAAUAUUUUGAUAAAUGUGCUGAAAGGGAACCCAAUAAGGUUGCUUUGGAUGAAGAAUUACGUAAAAAACUUUGGGAUUUUUCGGUUGAUAUAUUAAAAGAAAAAGGUUAUUUUUAAAAGUAGUUCAUGAAUUUCUAUAUCAGUUAUAUCAGUGAAAUUUUUUAUAAAUUCAUUAUAAUAUCACUACAGUAGUACUACAAUAAUAUCAAAUUUAAAUAAUAAAUAA